CGCUGCCUUCUUCCCGGAGGGGCUGGGGGUCCGCGAUUUGGCCGGCGCCCCUCCGCAAAGCUGCAGCCACCGCUAAAGCAUUGGAUCCCUCAACGUACUGCGAUAGCCCGGUGUACAGCCCGGACCUGUGCCCCAACAUGAUCGCGGCUCAGGCCAAGCUGGUCUACCAGCUCAACAAAUACUACACGGAGCGCUGCCAGGCGCGCAAGGCGGCCAUCGCCAAGACCAUCCGGGAGGUCUGCAAGGUGGUGUCGGACGUGCUGAAGGAAGUGGAGGUGCAGGAGCCGCGCUUCAUCAGCUCCCUCAGCGAGAUCGAUGCCCGCUACGAAGGGCUGGAGGUGAUUUCUCCCACCGAGUUUGAGGUGGUGCUCUACCUCAACCAGAUGGGUGUCUUCAACUUCGUGGACGACGGCUCCUUGCCGGGCUGCGCCGUGCUGAAGCUGAGCGACGGCCGCAAGCGCAGCAUGUCGCUCUGGGUGGAGUUCAUCACCGCCUCGGGCUACUUGUCCGCCCGCAAGAUCCGCUCCCGCUUCCAGACGCUAGUGGCCCAGGCCGUGGACAAGUGCAGCUACCGGGACGUGGUGAAGAUGAUUGCGGACACCAGCGAGGUGAAGCUGCGCAUCCGGGAGCGGUACGUGGUGCAAAUCACGCCCGCCUUCAAGUGCACGGGGAUCUGGCCGCGCAGCGCGGCGCAGUGGCCCAUGCCGCACAUCCCCUGGCCCGGCCCCAACCGGGUGGCCGAGGUGAAGGCAGAGGGCUUCAACCUGCUCUCCAAGGAGUGCUACUCGCUUACGGGCAAGCAGAGCUCAGCCGAGAGCGACGCGUGGGUACUGCAGUUCGGCGAGGCCGAGAACCGACUGCUGAUGGGGGGCUGCAGGAAUAAGUGCCUCUCGGUGCUGAAGACACUGCGUGACCGGCACCUGGAGUUGCCCGGCCAGCCCCUCAACAACUACCACAUGAAGACGCUGCUGCUAUACGAGUGCGAGAAGCACCCGCGGGAGACCGACUGGGACGAGGCUUGCCUGGGCGACCGGCUGAAUGGCAUCCUGCUGCAGCUCAUCUCCUGCCUGCAGUGCCGGCGCUGCCCGCACUACUUCCUCCCCAACCUAGACCUCUUUCAGGGCAAGCCCCAUUCGGCCCUGGAAAGCGCUGCCAAACAGACCUGGAGGCUAGCCAGAGAAAUCCUCACCAAUCCCAAAAGCCUCGACAAACUAUAGGGUUAACACCCUCGCGCACAAAACUCGCCCCUCCGUAAACAACAACAGCCCUUAAACACUUAAAAUAAAAAUAAAACAACGGCCUCUAAAAAAACCCAAACAACAAACCAACAAUCAAAAGAACCCCCACGCAACAACAACAGCGCGACAACUUCCCUCUCCCAACAACAACAACGAAAAAUGCCCCAACUUGUUAUUUAACGCCGACGGGAAGAGACGGCGAAAAGACAUCGCCCCCGACACCCCCCUACCCACCUGCAGCUCGGCCUUUAAAAACUGCAAGACGGUUUUCCUGGGAUAAACUCGGACUCACCCUGCAUGGAACAAGGGAAAGAGCCUCUCUCCUCCUGCCCUCCCACGGGAAUUUGUAGAAAGUCACUAAAAGAAGAGAUCAGACUUUCGCAACUUCCAAACAAAACCCGAAAGGUACUUUUUUGUUGUUGCUGUUGCUUCCUCUUUCCCUCUCCAAUCCAUGUAUAGUCCUUUUCUUACUCUCUUUUGUUUGCCUGAAUGUUGUCACCAAGUGAAAAAUUAUUUAACUAUAUGUAUGAAUCCCUCUUUAAAAAAACACCACCACCAACCAAACAAACAAAAAGUUUUACUGGUGUUAAAUGUAUUUCGGUGCUAAGGUCAGAUUAUGUGCCCCACAACUGACUUGACGCAAAUAGUAAUAAAAAUAUUACUUUAACUUUA